ACCCACAUAAUAAUAGUACGGUCGGAACAGGAUUGGAUUUGGUCGUCAAUUCUUCUUCUCAGUGAUUGAAAAUCAAAAUUUAAAAAGAGAUCCCGCCUACGCAGUCAGUCAGAUCCAGAGAUGGAGAAAAUAUGCGUUGCAGUGAGGGUGAGGCCCCCUGUAAGUGAAAGUGUAGAUCUCGCUGCCGCUGCUUGUAGUCAUUGGAAGGUGGAGGACAACCGUAUUUCGCUGCAUAGGUCUCUAGCCGGCACCCCUCUUCCCCCGGCUCUUUCCUAUGCUUUCGAUCAUGUUUUCGACAAGGAUUCCUCCAAUUCUAGCGUUUAUGACCUCCUCAUCAAGGAUAUCAUCCAUGCCGUCCUUCAAGGCUUCAAUGGUACUGCAUUCGCAUACGGACAAACAAGUAGUGGUAAAACAUUUACUAUGAACGGAUCUCACAAUGAUCCCGGAAUUAUUCACCGUGCUGUCAGAGAUAUAUUCUCCAACACAAACAUGUCCACUGAGAGGGAGUUUCUCAUAAGAGUCUCUUACAUGGAGAUAUAUAACGAAGAAAUCAAUGACCUUUUUGCUGUUGAGAAUCAGAAACUGCAGAUUCAUGAAAGUUUGGAGCGUGGUAUAUAUGUUGCAGGCCUUAGGGAAGAGAUCGUUAAUAGUGCUGACCAAGUACUUAAGCUCAUUCAAAUGGGGGAAGUUAACAGACACUUUGGCGAGACCAAUAUGAAUGUUCGAAGUAGCAGAUCCCACACAAUCUUUCGGAUGGUGAUUGAGAGCAAGGGGAAAGACUCAGCUUUGGAUGAUGCUAUUCGUGUUUCUGUCUUGAAUUUGGUAGACUUAGCUGGAUCUGAACGGAUUGCCAAAACUGGAGCUGGUGGAGUUCGAUUGAAGGAAGGAAAGCACAUAAACAAGAGUUUAAUGAUUCUUGGCAACGUCAUUAAUAAAUUGAGUGAUGGUGCCAAGCAAAGGGGACAUAUUCCUUAUCGUGAUAGCAAGCUCACCCGUAUCCUUCAACCUGCACUUGGUGGCAAUGCGAAAACUUCAAUUAUCUGUACUGUGGCACCAGAGGAGGUUCAUAUAGAGGAAACAAAGGGAACCCUUCAGUUUGCCAGUCGAGCUAAACGUAUUACAAACUGUGUGCAAGUAAACGAGAUUCUGACGGAUGCUGCAUUACUGAAGCGACAAAAACUUGAGAUAGAGGAAUUACGCAUGAAACUUGAGGGAUCUCAUGCGGGGGUUCUGGAACAAGAGAUCUUGAAACUGAGAAAUGAUAUGCUCAAGUAUGAGGUAGAGCGCGAAAAGCUUGCUAUGGAAUUGGAGGAGGAGAAGAGGAAAUCACACAGAGCCCAGGGUAGUGAAUCUUUGACACAAUCUCACAAAGAAGACUCUUUUAGCACACAACAAGGAGAUGCAUUCAGUACCCCUACUUUUAAACCAGCCCCACAUGCAUUUGUUGCUAAAAGAUCUUCUUAUCAUUCUACAACACCUGAAUAUAGCCCUCUUCCAUAUGAAUUCGGUGAGGUUGCUGACGAAGACACAUGGUUCAAGAUGAACAACGGCUUCAUAGCUGACCUUGAUUCAAUUCGUAUGACUCCAGCAAAACAAGUUUCUUCCGUUCCAUCAAUUGAUGAUUGCCAAAUUGGUAAUUACAAACAAGUUGAGGAUCUGCAAAGACAAGUGCAGGAAGCUAUUGCUGAAAAAAAUGAAUUUAUGAAACUGCAUCAAGAGCAAUUAGUGUUGAACAACCAACUGACGGAAGAGAUAUCAAAACUUAAGAAAGAAGCUCAGGAAGUUCAUCAGAGGUUGAGGGAGUCUUGCAAAGCUGUAAAUGAGGAGAUAUGCUCUACUUUUCAGAGUGUGGAUGACGACGACGACAAGUCCACAACUGCAAAAUUGUCUUCUAGAACAAGUGAAUUCGUCAUGUUUCUUAUGUCAACUUUGGAAGCGAAUGUGUCUAUGGCUACCCACAAGAAUGAAGAAAAUAAAAGCAGUUCCAGAAAAGAUAAAGAUGGCAACAAACACAAGGUAGAUGCCUGGACAAGUUACUACUACAUGCGCAUUUUAAAAUUAUUCAUCAUCUUAAUCUUGAGUUGUAGUCUCUCCUACAUUUUAUACAGGACUGCACACAAAUUGCUUCUUGGAAGACGGAAUUGAGUGGUGAAAUCAAGGAAAUAUAUGAGAGGCUAGAGCAAGAGUUAGAUACUAACAACCACCUUCUAGAAGCUUCUAAAGAAAGAGUUGUUGGUCUUGAAAGGGAGUCUCGGAUCUUAUUAGCAGAAAGAGAUGAUCUCCAACUAGCUGUAUCUGAUUCAUCAAAAAGGCUUGCAUCAUUGAGUCAGCAAAAUGAAAAGAUUUUUCAGGAUUUGGCUUGUGAAAUUCAGAGGAGGAAAGGUCUAGAGGAAGAAAUCAAACAGUUUAGUAUUGCUUUUGCGUCUCGCCAAAGGUCACUCAUUUCAUUCCAUUGUGACUUCAAAUCUAAGUUAGAUCAUUUGAAAGCUCAAAGCCCACCCAAGUCUUCUAUUGGAGGAAGGAAUUUUCUCUAAUUCAUGUAAAACUACUAUAACUACUUUUCAUGUAUCUAAGUAUUUUCAGAUUUUUUUUUUUUGUUAUCUGUCCCAUUUUCCACCUUAGUCAAAAUGUAAUGCCUAAUAGUAGAAUUUGUGUAAGAAUUCUUGCAUCAUUUUAAAGGCUUGUAUAUUUAUGUGUUUGAUGAAUUCCACCUUAG